ACCAACAUUGGACACAGCACACAAAUGACCUACAACGCAUCGAUUUGUCCAACUGAUCAUGCCACUCCCGAUCCGUGCGACAUUUCACCCCGAAUGCGUCCUCGUUUGGGCACAAUGAUAGGCCCUGGCCCAGGAGCCGGCCCCGGUCCAGGCCCGAUCCAAAAACCACAACCCUGGCGACCCGUUCGAUCGGAACAGCCUCAAACAACCGGGGUUGGGCUGCAGCACGUGACUCAGCGUCGUCGAGAGCGCCUGUUGGACUGGCCUCAGUUUCGAUUGCGUCGGAAAUUCACAAGCACCACGGAGAAUGGUGUGAAACGCUGGAAUGCGGAUUCACUGUCCGAGACGGGACCGCAUCGACAUCCCAUGAAAGCGAUUCAUCCCGGUUUGUCAUCCGAUUGCUCACAAUGUCCAACGAUCAUCACGGGAUCGGUUGCCACGGGGAUUAAUGCUGCCGUUCGUGUCCAGUCAAACAAAACCGAGACGGUGGAAACGAGUGGAACCCGGCGCAGGCGGGGUAUCAGCACGAAUCCGCAUGUGCGCCGUCGUUUCAGUGCGGACGGAAUGCCACUUCACGGAGACGAUCUGACAGGUUUUCGUGUUACCCGAGUAUCUGACAGUCAAAUGGACACCAGUCCGGGCCUGAAAGAAUUGCACGUCGGAGACGAAUUGAUUCAAGUCAACGGAAUGCAAUGUGCUCGACUCUCCUUGAUGGAACUCACUCAACACUUCAGCAAAUGUUUGAUUCUUCUACUGACAGUUCGAUCGAUCACGACCGAGCCUCAACGGAGCUGA